CAAUUGAAAACACAGCCAUGCCACGAGGUACGACCUAUGUUGACAAUGCUUAUAACAGAAGCGUUGGACGCGUUGGUGCCGCCAUGGGAUCUGCGCCAGUAUCCAGGUCAUCUGGUGGUGGUGGUGGUGGUGGUGGUGGAGCGUCAAGUUCCUCUAGCAGCCACAGUACCUACGUAGACAACUCCUACAACCGAAGCGUUGGUCGAGUUGGUGCUGGUGGUGGUGGUGGAGCGUCAAGUUCCUCUAGCAGCCACAGUACCUACGUAGACAACUCCUACAACCGAAAUUUAACUCAGGUUCCAAUUGAAAACACAGCCAUGCCACGAGGUACGACCUAUGUUGACAAUGCUUAUAACAGAAGCGUUGGACGCGCUGGUGCCGCCAUGGGAUCUGCGCCAGUAUCCAGGUCAUCUGGUGGUGGUGGUGGUGGUGGUGGUGGAGCGUCAAGUUCCUCUAGCAGCCACAGUACCUACGUAGACAACUCCUACAACCGAAGCGUUGGUCGAGUUGGUGCUCCAAUGGGCUCAAUGCCCGUGUCUCGAUCUUCUGGUGGUGCUUCGAGCGUUCCGAGCCAAGGAACCUACGUCGACAACGCCUACAACCGAAGCCAUGGUCGAGUUGGUGCUCCAAUGGGCUCAAUGCCCGUGUCUCGAUCUUCUGGUGGUGCUUCGAGCGUUCCGAGCCAAGGAACCUACGUCGACAACGCCUACAACCGAAGCCAUGGUCGAGUUGGUGCUCCAAAGGGCUCAAUGCCCGUGUCUCGAUCUUCAGGUGCUUCAAGUGUUGGCGCCGCCUUGGGGUCAAUGUCUAUAUCUGAGAAAGGUCAAGGGUCAACAGCAUCCAGUUGUACGUCGGAGGUAACGAAGUUGUCCGUGGAUAACGCCCUCAACAGGAAACUUGAUCGUGUUGGAAAGCCUCGUUGGUCCGAACCGCAUCACCGACAAAAGCCAACUGGAGACCGCGUCUUUAAGGACAACGCCGCGAAUCGAAAGCUUGUCAGAGUCGGCAAAAAGAUCCCAAAGAGAAACUCCCGCGGAAAGGAGAAGAGUACUGGUCAGCCAGCGUCCAAGGAGAAGAGUACUGGUCUGCCAGCAGAUUACAUGAAAUAUUUACUCUCCGUACUCCUUCUCGAUGAUGAACCAGACGGUUAUGAUUUUGGACCGUGGGUCUCGGACCGAGAGAAAGAAUACAUGACGGAGACAGUUUUCAAUAAUAUCACGCGUCAGGAAGAGGAAGCAAAAUGGCAGGAGUCAAACCAAGGCAAACGAGCUCAAACCGAUGUCAGAGUCUUCAAAUAUGAUGACCAAGUUAUACCCUUCGAAGAGAUUAAUCUGGGAAAGAAGAUCGGACAAGGAGGCUUUGGAGACGUCCACUUUGCCAAGUGGGAUGGUAGUGUAGUUGCUGUCAAGAAGCUCCGUGUGCAACGCGUGUCUCAAAAACGUCUGAGACAGUUCCAGGACGAGGUUAAAGUCCUCUGUAAGUUAGAUCAUCCCCACAUUGUGAAGUUUCUGGGUGCUUGUAUUGUCACACCAAACCUGGCUAUUGUGAUUGAGUAUAUGCAGAAGAAUCUCUAUGACGCACUCCAUGUUGAAGAUGUUGACUACUCCGAUGCUGAGCAGUACCAGAUAAUCACAGGCAUGUCAGAUGGUUUGGAUUAUCUGCAUCAGAAAGAAGUGGCACAUUGUGACAUCAAGUCCACCAAUAUACUGCUCGAUAUCCCUGAAGAUGGUGUGGUUGCAAAGAUCUCCGACUUUGGUCUCAGCAUGAUGAAGAAUGAAGCAGAGACAUCGCAGUCUGUUGCGAAGGUUGUUCAGGGCGUUGGCACACCGAAAUACUCCGCUCCUGAGGUCUUGGCCGGGGAUGAGUUAGACCUAGUCGCCAUGUGUAAGGCCGAUGUCUACUCCAUGGCUGUGGUGGCUUGGGAAGUUAUCUGUCAUGAGGAGCCUUUCUUUGGGUUGAUUAAACACCAGCUUGAGCGUCGUGUGAUGGGUGUUGAAGGCCAAGUGGAGUGGAAGAUUCCAAGUGACAUCAAUAUUUCAGGAGGUUUACUGAGUCUGCUCAAUGAGUGCUGGAACAGAAAUGCCAACAAGCGACCAUCAGCAGGAGAUUUCAAGAAACGUGUAGGCAAGUGUGGAGGAAUCAAAUAAAGUGAUGGUAAAGGUUAAUUAAUUCACUUGAUGACAACGCUGAUAACGGUAGAUUGGAGGUUUAGUUGGCAGCAUGGUGGUUGGUACUAUUUCCUUAAAGGGACACACCGGCUUGGCAGCAUGGUGGUUGGUACUAUUUCCUUAUUAAGGGACACACCGCCUCACCAUUUACAUCGUUUAGUGUAUGGUGUAUAAUCUUAGCUAAAAUGUGUGGAGAUGGUUGUUGUAAAACAAUGAGUAGCCCAAAAUGGCCCAACGAAGCCGGUGUGUGCCUUAAAUCACUUAAUAAACAAACGGUGCCUGCCCCUAGAUAUUGUCAAGAACCUACUUACAUAUAAACGUCCAUGUACGUUAUAAAGCGUCUACUCGUUUACAAACCCCAGCACAAAACGGUUUUUGUUUUCACACGAUCGUCAAAUCCAUCCACGUUUAGUGAGAUGGCAGCGGGUACCAGCUGGAUCUCUGGCCGCUGUUUUCGCGAAUGGACACCAACCCGGAGAACUAUGAGGAAAGAUUCAUGUAUUAUUCAUUUCUGAGAUAUAAAUGCUUUUAUUGAACGCUAAAUUAAGGGAGGCAUUUUAGACGAAAUAAUUUCGCACGUUGCUUUAAUACUAUCAUUACCAUCUUUAGAACUUAGAAACCUUCGGAUAGAACUUUUACAUUUCACCAAAGUAUGACCCCACCUUUAAUUUGUUUGAUAAUGAUGUAAUUAAGUUGUAUCUGUAAAUAUAAUUGAGUCACCUAAUACGAGCUUCAAGAACUCCAACCCUGCAAAACCUAAUUUCACAGAGCUGCUUUUCAACAAAACACUUAAUCAUAAUACUCAGGCACGGCAUAAUAUCCCUACCUUGAUAGCACCCCGUUUAUACCCCGUCACACAGCACUACGACCUUACGAAGAUUUUGCCAAUCACCACGACCUCAAAUAAUUAUCAAGUCGGGGUAUGAUUGCCGUCAAAAUCCAGCAAUUUGGCAAAUUGAAGACUCGAUCCCCGCCCAACUUUACUGCUACGAUUACUGACGAUUACACCAAGACCCAUGCCGACAUGCAACUGUACUCUGAUGAACACAAUAAGCAUGUUUCUUGUGUUUGUAGCAGCCCCAUGAAAUUGGUAAAGUAGGCAUAAAGUAUUGUCUUAAUAAUAACUUGUUUGUUGGUUGGGGUGUUUGGGUGUUUGUUUUGUUGUCAUUUGUAUAUAACAAAAGUUAAUAAUGGAUUUAUGAAAAGACACCAAAAUCAAGGGGGAAAACUGAAAUACAAUUUCGGGUUAGGCCCAGUUUCAUACAGCUGCCUGAAGGCACUUAAUGGACACCUUUGGGAAUUGUCAAAGUCCAGUCUUCUCACUUGGUGUAUCUCAACAUCAAACUUAUUUCCAACCAU